GAAAAGUUCACAACGUUAGUUGUAUUUCUCGUACCGGAUCGUAGCCGUCGUGUGUUGCAUGCUGCUGUCUGCCUUCGCCGUCGUCGUCGUUGUCGUUGUCGCAGCAGCCGUGCAGCAGUGGAAACCUUCUUGCGUGAGUUUAGCGGAGUUUAGCGUGGCGCUGAUUUGGCGCUACUGCAAGCUACCGUGAUUAAUCUCGCGAUUCCGAGUGCGUAGUCGGGUUUUCGGAGUACAAACACUAGGCCGAGCGAUUUGUGAAAACGUUUGCUGAAAACAAAGCCUCACCGGGUUUGCGCAUGUUGUCGGGUGAACGCGAGUGAACCAAAAAGCGGUGCUCCGGUGCUUUACAGUGCAGCGAGAUAUCGCAAAACAAUCACACCGCAAAUUACAACUGCUAAACGUUCUGCAACUACUGUGUAAGUGUGUGUGUGUUAAUCGAACAGGUUCGGUGUUAAAAGAGCGGCGGCAUUCCCUGCAGUGAUACCCGUUUUGAUAAUUUUAAAUAGUCGUGGCAAGUAGAAUGCAUAAACAACCAGCAUCGAUCAAGAGAUGUCAUAUGUCUGACGAGUGCGUGCGAUCGUUGUACGUUCUGCAAGAUUGAUUAAAAUGUCCGAAAGCAGCCAAUAUUGCUGAUGAUGCCGGUCUUCUGCUUCCAGUGUGAAGGUGAUCACUUUACGGAGGAUUGUUAGAGGUUUGGGUGAAGAAACGAUACAACUGCUCGGUUGACAGACCACGAUCGAUGGAAACGUGUGCAGUGAUAGUCAACUGGUGAAAUGUAAUGCAAUGUGAUUUAUGUGAUUACUGGUAAAGUUGAAAAUUAAGCCAUUCAUUCUAGGAUCGAGAAAAAAAUACACACCCACAGAUCGGUAAAAAGUGUGCUUCUGUUUAGCGUUACACUGUUUGUGCAGGCAAAAAAAACAUCCCCAAAAGCAAUACAUUCAUUAUUCAGUAAUAUACUACAUUGGGAACGCGAGUUCAUAAAAAGUUCGGUGAAUGAUUGAGACAGUGAUUGGAGAACGGCGUUCCAGCGGCUUUGCAGUUGCAGGUGAAGAGAAAACCAUGUCACAUUUUCCCUUCCGAGGCUCGCCAUCCGCUCAGAGCACCACACCGACAGUUCCGUCUGCGCCAUCAUCACCACCGACAGCGCCAGUCGCGAUGGCCGUUACGACAGUGCCCCCCAGCGCCCGGAGUGCGUCACCCUGCUCGGCCACCUCCGGCCCACCGACGUCCGGGCCGGGUGGGGCCGCUGGCAGCGGAGGCAGCUCGGGUGGACGCUGUUGCGAUACGGGGCGACCCAUCUUUACCGAUCCCAUCUCCGGCCAGACCGUGUGCUCGUGUCAAUACGAUCUCAUCAGCUACCAGCGGUUAGCGAGCGCCGGCAUUGCUGGCCCGGGGGGUGUACCGCUCUCGAUGUACAGUGCGCCCUACUCGCCGGAAACGAUGGCCGCCUACUUCCCGGCCAUCGGUGCCGAUCAGGCUCCGUUCUAUGCGAAUCCAGCGGCUGCAGGUAUCGAUCUGAAGGAAAACCUUGCCGCUGGUGGCGCUCCGUGGCCUUAUCCUUCCGUCUACCAUCCCUACGAUGCGGCGUUCGGCUAUCCCUUCAACUCGUACGGCAUGGAUCUAAAUGGAGCACGGAGAAAAAAUGCUACACGGGAAACGACGAGCACGCUGAAAGCUUGGCUGAACGAGCACAAAAAGAACCCCUACCCGACCAAAGGCGAGAAAAUCAUGCUGGCGAUCAUCACCAAGAUGACGCUCACGCAGGUAUCCACCUGGUUCGCCAAUGCCCGGAGGCGAUUGAAAAAGGAAAACAAGAUGACCUGGGAACCGCGCAACCGCGUCGAGGACGAUGAUGUCAAUCUGGAUGAUGACGACGACGACAACAAGAGCUUAAAAGACGAUAAGGAAAUACUAGAUUCCAAAGAUUCUGGCACCGGUUCGAGUGAAGAUGGCGAUCGGCCGUCACGGUUAGACAUGCUCGAUCGCCCGGGCGGCAGUGAGUGGAACGGAUCCCGCAAUGGCAGCGGUCCCAACUCGCCCGACAUCUACGACCGGGGCGUUCCCGGUCACCACCACCAUCCGCUGCUGCAUCCCUCCAACUUCCCGCCCCACCUGAGGCCCGCCAUCUCCACCCCGCCCGACGUCAACCACACCCCCAGCGGCAGCACCAACCCCAGCACAAAACCACGCAUCUGGUCACUGGCCGAUAUGGCCAGCAAGGAGAGCAAAGAUUCCGACUCCUCCUCACCGACGGCCGGCGGGUACCCAUCGCCCGGCAAGAUGCCCGUGACCCCGCUCGCCGGCCGAGGGCUCAAUCCGCUGCACCACCACCCGUACAUGCGGCCCGACUUCUACCGAAACCUGUACGGGCACCAUCUUGCGCCCGGUUCGCCCGAAGUGUCCCUGCUCGAGUCGUACCAGCGCACGUUCGGAGCCACGAUCGGUGCCCACAACGGUCUGCCGGUGAGCAUCAGCCCACUAAUAACGAAAGCCUCCGGCAGCGGACCUCCGUUCGCACCGCUCAGCCUCACCACCGCCAACCACCACCUCCACCAGCAGCAGCACCCGCACACGGCACCGCCGCCCGGUGCAUCGCCUGCCUCGAGCACCUCCAGCAAUGGGCCGGAAAACCUGACGCCCACGUCCGUGUCGCUCCCGUCCGGUACGGGACCGAACGAGGUGAAGCUGAUCAACGUGCUGGCCAACAGCGCCAAACCUUGACCGUUGGCGAUCAAGUAAGUGUAAGAGUGCUGAACACAAAACCCAUUUACCAAAACCCCCAAACCCCCAAGUAACAACAGCAGGGCAGGGCGACUAACUACCGCUUAGCAUUGAACCAAGUUGUCCAUCUAGAAAAGUAAAACGCCUUUGGAAAACAGAAUUACACGGUUCAGUUAGUGGGUUGCCGAUGCGAAUACGGAAAAAACAAAUACUAACAUACACAGACACACACAAAAAAAACACAAUUUAAUGAAAUUGGACAAUAAAUGAGUGCGAUUGAGCGUCGAUCCAUUCUUGUAAACGGAAGCAAACCAUAGAGAGAGAAAAAAAGUAAACGAAAGCUCAGCAUGAUAAAUGAACUGCGCGCGGGGAGUGAAGCAAUGUAGGGCGCUUCCCUUUCUGAUUUGGCAGUUGUAAACCGAGAGGUUAGGAAGAAAAUGUCUUAGAAAUGUGACCCAGGGUAACAGAAAGUAAACAAACAGACUGUUCUUUUCUACUCGGUCAACAUAAGCAACAGCAACAACAACAAAAAGUUCAUCGCUCUCCACUACGCCUCAUUGCACGUUCUCUCGUCUUGAUCUCUUGCAAUGAAAGAGGCGGAUUAUUUAAGCAUUCAGGCGCAGAUGAAACAAAUUAAUCAUGCCGUCAUCAGGUUGACGAUUUUUUUCAUUUGUAUCGAAUUAAAUGGAGCCAUUCGUUCUUUCUUAAGUUGAAUCGAUUUUUCACAAAAUGUUGUUCAAUCAUAGCUAACAGCUCCUUCAAACGAUUUGUUCCAUUCAUUUGCAUUUGUUUACUCUCUUACCAUCGUUGUUCUCUGCCUCCACUACAGCGCCGAGUGGUGUCCUGCACCAUAGAGAGAUUUUACCACCAAAACAAUCAUAAACCAAGGAUCCAAUCAGAUACUAAUCAGGCAAGGAAAACAGCUAACUACACCGUUGUACAUAGUGGAUAGAUUUGUACGUAUAGGUUAACUGCAAUCGAAGAUGGUAUGCAGAUACAUCAUGAUGUAUUUGCCUCUUUCUUCUUUUACCUACACCCUCACACACAUACUCACUCAAUAGUAAAAAAAUGGCCCAGAUCGAGCAAAACUAGUGUAUGUGAUAUUAAAUUGUAUUAAAUAUUAUUUGAUAAGCGGGAUAUUUGAGGUAGCCGUGUGGGGUGUGGUAGAUUUGUUGAGUGAAGUUUUGUGCAAAAUCUAGAAAAGGCUGACUCACGCUGUUUCUAAACGAUGGAACGGCGAGCCUAUGCUUAAAUAUUCCUUCGUAAAUGGCUUUAUUAAUUGUCUCUAGAGCUGUCACGAGUAGUGCGACGAUCAGUGUUAGCGGUCUGGUUCGUGAGUGCAGGCUCACAUUUACAUUUCACUCUGCCAUUGCAUCGUGCGGAUAUAUCGAUUCGAUAGGCGUUCAUUAACUAGUUGUUGUAUCGUUUUUUUUUCUUUCUUUUUCUUUCUUGUUUGUAUAUUUCUCAUUUCUCAUUACCAAAAAAGAAAAGUGACAACGCACGCUAGUAAAGAUUGACUGAAACAUAUCAUUGUUCAUUAUCAGGAUUCACGCGUUCAUUUUGUGCUUCCCACACACUAUACAAUACGCCAUCGCAAUUGCCGCGGGUCAGUAUUUACGUUUCGCUUUUGUGCAGCCUCAAUCGUCGUGGCUCCGAGCAUGGUUUUACAUAGCCAUGGUAUUGAGGGAGGUAGUAAAACGUUACAUAGCAUGAUGUGUGUGUUUGUGUAAAAACUUGUAUAAAAGUACCGUAAUAGAUGAGUGUUCCAAAACCUAUGAUCAUCCCUCGUUAGUUAAAUAUUUAAAUUUUGCUAUUUAUUUUUGCAACCUUUAUGCUUGGUACAACCGUGCCGGGUUUGCCGGGUGCAAGGAAGUGUUUGUAGUUUCGUUUCGGCAAAACGGAUCAUGGAACCGGUGAGAUGAGAGAUGAAGCAAGCGUAGCUAAACCCAGCGCAAGUGUUUGUGUCACGUUUCGUAACAAAAGAAACGGUAUGCUACACAAUAAAAAGGAAAAUUGCAUCUGUGGUGAACCAAACAUUCAAAAAAUUGCAAUGGAUGAAGCGGAAACAGUAGAGGAAAGUCAUCCAACAUAAGGAGCAAGACAAGGGUGUAGAAAAAAUCACCAGCGUGGCAGCGGCCGUACGGUGAACCGAAAGUUUAUAAAUACUAUAAAUAUAUCAUUGUAAUAAUGGCAAUAGUCGUAAUUGUACUGUAAAUUAUUAUUGUAAUGACGUCGGUAAGCAAAACGCAUGGCAAAAAAGGAAGUAAUAAGUAGUGCUAAUAGUAAUGCAAACAAAGCAACCCGAUUGGUGGAAAAUUUAACGAACGAUAAAUCCGUGAAACGAUACGACGGGUGGUAAAAGCAGUAAAAUGAAACCAACGUAAUGUUACUAGUUGCAAUAAACAAAACCGAAAAUAAAACUGAAUGAUAUAAAACUAAAAGUGAAA